AUGUUCAUAAUGCAAGUGGACCUCGGCCAGAAAUUAUCCAUGAUCCAUGAGGGAAAUUUUACAUCUUUUUACAGCAAGUCCUUUGGCCGUUCACCUGUCGAAUCUAUCGACGAUCUCCGAUGCGCAAGUACGAUAUCGUCCGCGGGUACUCUGAUUGUCCGCCCAUCGACCUCACUGACGACUUCGACCAUCCCUUCGUUUGUCAAAUGCGCUGACCGCGCCAUGCCGUGGCCUAAAGGCUCGUCUGCGGACGUCGCCAAGUCGGCUUGA